AUGGGAUGGUUCUGCGUUAUAAAAGCUGUCUUCCAAAUCAACGACAUUACCAAGUUUUCUGACAACGAUCUGUUCUCUGUACAGGAUUAUUUAGAGCUUUAUCAUCUUUGUAUUCACUACAUAAGCCAAUCUCAAGAACAUAACGUACAAAAUGCAGUAAUGGAGUGUUUCACUGUUCUCCUCUCACUGGCCACUGGGGCGUAUAAGAGAGCUUUAUUGGAACGUCACCCCAGAAGCGUCUGCUUAGAUGACAGACAGAGUGAGAAGGGACAUAGAAGGAAUAUUAGCACAUCGAGUAUAAUAUCUGCACGAUACGCUCCGAGUCCACAGUCCGACCUUCGAGACAACCUGGAACUGUCUUUCUCGGGAGCCCUUCAACUUGGCAGUUUGUUGCCGUUUAACACUCCGAGUUUGAGUGUCGAAGAUCUUAGGAUACAGACCCCAGACUCACCAAUUGCCAGCGAGCCUGAUAUAGACAUCACAAACUCAGAACAACUAACCAAAGAUUUAUCAGAGAAGCUCCGAGAGAUUGAAGAUGAAAAGGAAGAUCCAGUUGAUCUGCUUCAGGUUGCUGUUACUGAUGGUAGUGUUAAGGUGAACAUCGGAUCAGCAGAAGAUGAUGAUACACCACUUAAGUACUGCUCGAGGUUGUUGGCCUCUAAGUUCCUGCUGACGGGGAAUAAAGGAGGUGUUAUAGCUGAUAGAUCAAUAAGAGUGUCGUUGAAAUCGUCUGCUUUGAACUGUUUGGCAGAGAUACUUCGGUUGUACCCGCAAGCAAUGACAAUGUACUUAGACAAAGAUGUUGAUGCGAAAAAUCAUAACGUUUCUGGAUCUUCAGAAGGCACGGAUUCCAAUCAAGAUCACAUAAACGACUUUAUUCUAGAACGAAACGUUUGUUACCAAGACUCCCUCACAGACUCUCUAAGCCAAGACAUGCUCAACCGUAGCAUGGACAGCCAACAAACAUCCCAGCAAAUAUCUAAAAAAGAUAGCAAAUCCGAGAGCACCGAACAAAAGAGCUCCAAAGAUGUACCAAGCAAUAUACUGGAUAGUAAAAUAUUACCCAAAGAUAUGGCAGCUAGUGUGCACACAGAUAGCACUAAUCCUAACAUGACUAACAGCAAUUUUACGACAAACUCCAAUAUGACAGGAAGCAAUGAUCCUUUGUCCACUGGAUACCCCAUGUCCAGCAGUGGGGAUGUCCUUUCCUCAAGUAUAGAUCUAGACAUGAAAUUUGACCAUUUCGGAGAAUCUACUACAAAUUUAGAUAAUCUUGACGUGUUAAAAGAUUUUGAAAAGAAAGAAGAAAGGGUCAAGAGAACUUUAAAAAGAACUAAUGAAGUGCAGAGUAAAGAAGCUAUCGAAAUUAUGGGUCAAAAUUUAGAGGAAGAUAUGAAAAAUUUGGAUGUUUCUGAGAAUUUUGAAUAUCAGCACAUGUGUGAUAUUUUUUUGUUGUUGGAGGGUCAUAGUGAUCCUCAGAUUCGAGGUUUGGUGAGGGUCUGUAUUGGUAACUAUUUAGUGGCUGCGUUGGAGCUAUCCCAUGGACAUUAUAAUAGGUGGAAAAGUAUGAGUUCAUUGCCAAAAGAUGUUUCAGAGUUAAUAACUGUGGAUAAACUGGUUCAUAUUGUUCUACAGGGUCUAUCAGAUGAUAUCCAUUCAACAGUAAACCACACUCUAUCCGCACUCACGAGUCUGUCUACGUGUCUGUGUAACAGCUCUCACUGGACUCUAUUGGUCGAUAUACUAAACAGCUUAGUGAACGUGGAGGCGAACAACUACUGGUUGUGUAAACUUAACCUAUGUCGGUUGUAUGAAAAACUACCUUAUCACAGGUUAUUUAUGCUAUACCCACAUUAUUACGUACGUACCAAAUUAAUUAUGGACACAUUGAUGCGCCUACUUGGCGAUCAAGAUCAGAAAGUACGGAAAGCGGCUGCACAGGCCAUUGCUAACCUGAUACCAAAAAUCCACGUAUCGAAACACCAGUCCCCAACAACAGUAGUAGUAGACAUCGCGAAAGACGAAAGCCGAAAAUUCUCGUUCAACAGCAACAAUCUUUCACUGGACCUCGUCCGGAACAUAUAUUUCUAUAACGACCUUCCUCAGCAGUUGAAAGAUGGACAGACAUUGGGUAAUAGUGAGGGUCUGAGGAUGAUUGUUGGAAAUCUUGUUGGGAGAUUAAUGGCGUCCAAUUGUAAAUUUUAUUCGCAAGGUCUUCUUGAAUCUCUCCAAGCUAUUUGCAGAAAGUGGUCUCCAUGGAAACACGUACAAGCUUACGCCGACCAGGGCAUCCUGAGUUAUUGCCUGGAUAGCUUGGACUAUUGCAACGGUACCGUUGUGGCGCGCUCCAUACUCAUGGAAUUGUGCUCUUCUAUAUAUCCAGUCGAAAUCCACAACAUAAUGCGCCACAAAACCACCAAUCGCGAGAUAUUUGAACGCGACACAAGCAACUCCAAAGAACGUUGGCAACACUUGGAAAGCGAGAGAGUUGCCAACCUCGCUGAGAAAUUCCUACAAGUAACACUAAAAAUGUUGAAUGUACUGGUGCACUUGAUAGAGGAAGUCAAUCCUAAUGUGCAUUUGAAUAAAGGUGGAAUUGCGUUACCCGGCAGUCCGGUUAGGAGGAAGACGUCAGGUAUCAGUAUAAAUGCAAUCCCACGACGCGGCAGCAACCCGAGUGAAGUGGAUGAGAAAGGAUCUCUUCGGAAGAAACCGCCGCCCCCUGCAUCUAGUCUGAAGCCCCACUUCGUUGGACAUUUCUUCAACGAACCAUUCUAUAUGAAGUUCUAUGAUACCUUAAGGGCUACAUAUUCUAAUCAUAAGAUCAAUUUAGACCCAAAAUCUAGCAUAUUCCACACUUUUCUAUCAACUGUACUCAACAGCUUGGCUAUCCAACUCGAACUAGCCACAGAGAAAGAACUUGGCCACGUCACAGAAGAAAUUCUUUACUACCUCAAAGUCAUCAUGCCGCUAUGUGCUGAUAAAACUGUAUAUUGCGUAACACAACUCCUUAAAUGUCUGUUUGGAACAAAUAUGGUGAAUCAAUACUCAGAUUUCAUGAGUAUUUUAGACAAAAAUGAGGGUAGUCACAAAACUAGUUUCUUCAAUGACGUCAUGAUGACUAGCAUGCCCACUACCCAGGUAGAAGGCUCUAGACGAAGUAGUAUUUGUUCGAAUGCUAGUCAGAAGUUAUCGUUAGACAGCAAGAAUCCGCGAAUGGCUGUGGAAAGGCAAUUGUUGAUCACAAUGGAGAAUUUUGCUAAAAAUAAAUCUGAUAGAAAAUGGAGCACGAAUAAAAAGGAGUUAGAAAGAUAUAUAAGGUUGUUCGAACCGGUUGUUAUACAAGCUUUAAAGAGUUAUACAAUGCAAAACGACAUCCCACUCCAGUGUGAAGUACUAUGUCUACUGAAUCAAUUGUUGACUCUAAGAGUAAAUUAUUGCAUGUUGGACAGUGACCAGAUAUUCAUCGGGUUUCUCUUGAAGCAGCUGGAUUUGGUUGAACAGCAUGAGAUACCAGAUUGCUGUAAUUUAGUGAACAGUAUUCUUAUGUUUAUGGUACAACUGUCGUCCUCAAAACAUCAUACUAAACAAAUAAUAGAAAUACCGAAGCUUAUACAAUUAUGUGAUGGAUUGAUGGCAUCCGGUGCUCAUGCCGAAUGUAUAGCCGGUUUGGAGCCUGUGGCUGUUAAGGUUUUUAGUAAUAUGGGAGGUACAAGCGUUCUGGGUAGAGCUCAGCAGCAGGAAGCUCAAGCGACAAGAGAAGUGCUAUUUUAUAUGUUGCAGAAGACUAUGCAUCAGCAUAAGGUGCUAGAACUAGUAUCAUGCGUGCUAUCCGUAUCCCAAGAACAUCCUGAGAGCUACUACCGCUGGUCGGAAUUGGCCAGCGAUACAUUACUGAACCUGCUCUCACAGACUUCGGUGGAAUGUGACACUCAUGAAGCUAUUGGAGCUUUAGAGCGACUGUUAGACGCGGUAUAUAAAGAUGUGUUAUUAGAACAAACUAGGAUUGAGGUGUUGUUGAAGAUAUUGUUCAAAGCGCCUCCGGAUCAGACAACAACUCCUUUAAAAUUAAAGCUCAGAUAUCUUUCGAUAAUAAUGGUUUUACUACGAAAAAUACUAAUCCUUAUACCGGAGACUGAAAUAUUACUGUCAAUAAACGACUUGAAAUCCACGUGCGUGUCUCCACAAGCCAUAUUCUUCAACGUUAAAACUGACGUAGACCCAUUAAACGUUCAGAAUGUGAACGAAAACUGCGCGAACCUGUCGCCAGAUGUCGUCCUAGUCAGGUUUCUCUUCAAAACCUUGACGUAUGCGAUAAUGGAAAUGGAUAAUGUGUAUGAAAAUGUAGAGAAGGAGCAGAACGAGUUGUUGUAUUCCGUGUGUGUUAAUAUUAUAGUGCAAGUGAAGAAUAUGCUGCAUUUGACAGAUGGCUGCCUCUUUCCACUCACGGCUAAAACUGCACAAACAAUUCUCCACAAUGAACAAAGUGGAUUGAACACUGGACUGUACAGCCCUGAAGAGAACAUACCAUUGGAUGUGCUUAAUUUAAUAUGUCUCAAGUCUGCGUAUAAAAUACCACUGCUCACCGUUCAUUGGUCGCAUUUGCUCAUCAGGUUAAAUUUCCUAUCCCACAAAUACUGGCAGAAGCUGAUUGGCUUUGCUCGCAACCUGCCGCUGAGUGCCGACAGCGGCAACACACAGCUGAUUCGAGUUGACGUUCUGCAAAUCGCUUGUGUUAUGGCCUACUGCGAAUAUUUCGUCAAAAACGUCCUCUCGGAAGCGGUCCACCUCACCUGGCUGUUGGUGAACCGGGUGCACAUUCUAGUCAGUCACUAUCGUGAAGAGAUCGUCCAAAGCCUCAUAGCCAAAGUACAACAGACGUCAGGAGCAUCAGGUCUGUUGCUACAAGCCAUUGCUGCUCGAUGUCAGAGCUGCUUGACGGAUGAAUUUGCGCUGAACACGUACAAAAUAUUAUCGUUAUGUCACGAGAACCAGUCAGGUGCGCUGGUGUUUCUCAUUUGUCGGAUCAUUGGCAAACUGGAACCUGCAAUAGCUGUUAGGUUCGCAAAACUGGCGAUGGAUCGAUGUAAGAUGUUAAAAGAAAUGCCGCUCGAAAGGAUCAACGUACAAUUAUCUAAGGAAGAUGUUCAAGUUGCUCUGGAGUUGCUGCAAAGGAAUAAAGUCUAUACUAGGUACUCUGCUUUAGUUGUGGAGUUGAACUCCUUGGCGUCGAGUGUAUUUGAUUUGUCACCUUUAGAUUUGUCUCAAGACAGAGCAAUCAACCCUCAGUACAUAACAACUACGAAUGUUGACGACAACUGGCUUUUGAAUCAAGUUAAGAGCAGAUGUUGUCAAACUGAUCUUACGGUUCCAAAAACGUGUAAUCAAAAUGAACUCGCCUAUUUCUUAUCCAACUUAUCAAAGGACAACUUGGCUACUGUCAUGGGGUGCCCAGAAUUCAAUCGAAAACUACUCAGUAAUUGCUUUAAAAUUGCCUGCGAUAAUUAUUUAAAAGAAUUCUAUAAUAUCGUCUCCGUUCUAGAAACAAAAGAGUUUGAAAAAGAGUCGGCAAGAGAACAGAGAGAUGUGAAAAUCAGAGAGAUGACAUCGUCUAUUGAUAGCAAUAAACUAAACGUUGUAAAUACACUACAUGUUUUUAAGAAGAGCGAUAAUAAGGAAUCAAAAUCACAGUUUUUCAUACCAAUAACUGAUAAUGAAAAUAUGAAAGAAAACUUCGGCAAUUUACAGAUUUCUGAUGAAGAAAUAGAAUUGACGCCACCUGAAUUAUCCGAUGUGUACAAAAUUGGAAUGUCGACAUUAGAGAAAUCUUUGACAGAUAUUAUUCGCCUAUUUCCAAAACAGAUAAGGCCAUUGAGCCAAUCAGAAAACUUCAGUUUAAAUAUCGAACAAACCCUUGAUAGAUAUACCCGAAGAUGUCAUCAAGUUUUCCAAGACAAACUUUUCUAUCAAGAAUUUAUUACUUUGCACAGCGUUCUUACUGGAUACCUUUCGUCUUUGCAUAGAUUAAUAAUGUCCAUUGACGAAGUGGACUGUGAUCUGCUAGAUAAAUGUAUUGAAAGUAUUAUACCUACCUUGUUGGCGAAAAAUAUCGCUAUAUUUGCCGUCAUUUCAUUGCAGUAUUUGUCGUUUCUGAUCAAGAAUAAGAAGCUUGUUGAGACACCCGUGCAUGCAGACGUAUCGUUCAGAGUGACGAUAUCCGUCACUGACAACAUUGUUGUGGAAAAUGUGAUUAGUGUCGCAAUUAACAAUGUCGCAAAAGCACUGAGUUUUAAGGAGAUAUGGACGGAACUGAACGUGGAUUCUAAUGUUAAUAGAACGCAAUCGGCGGUUAGUUGCUUGUAUGCGGUGGUCAAGUAUUUAGUUAAGGAUACAAAGCCUUUAUCACCAAAACAAUACAUGCAAUUUAAAGACCAAGGUCCCAGGCCAGACAUAGUGUUGACAGGCGACAAACUGAUCACCUUGUUAGAGUAUUGGGAGCACAACUUCUACGCAACCAAUUCUCCGGAGUAUUUAGAGAAAUGUUUUACAGAGCCAGUGGAAAGCUUAUUAAUUAGUUUAUCCAGGCUAGACAUUCUCAGUAAUAUUGCGCUUAUACCGCCUAUAGCGUGGUCAUCGGUGGACGUGGUUUCUAAAAAAGAUGAAUUACAAAAAAUUGAUCUUCCAUUGCAAGCUUUACAAGAUAUGGAUGUUUUGGAAGCCUUCUUGUUCAGGGUAAACCUUAUAGGCUGGUCAUCCAAAAAGCAAUUUGAGGAAAUGUGGGUGGGUCUGCUGGGCGCCUUGCAGGGCAACGGCACGCACUGGGCCGUGCGCGGCAUCACGCAGCUGCUGCUGAGCGCCGCGCCCGCCGUGCGGAGGAAGGGGAUCUUGCACGUGUCGAGGAACACGCACAGGCUUAACGAAGGGAUGCAACGCUUGCGUAACAUACUGGUGGGCACAUCCGCCUAUGGUAUAUUCGACCAUAUCAACCUGGAACGAGUGCCGAUGAUGAACGAUGGAUACGAAGGAUACCACUACGCACAGUUCAACACCGAGUACAUGAAAUUAGCUUCAGAUAUAACAGAUGAGGCAAGCUUCAAGAUAAGGCGGGAAGCGAAACGUGUUCGAAGAAAUAAGGACAUUGAUUUGAACAGCUGUCUGCAAAUACUUAUGGAUGUCACCUCACAGAUGUUGGAACCUAAGGCGCCAACGGGUCUGGCGGCGCGCGUGGCGCUGCUGGCGUGCACGUGGCAGGCCAGCGCCGUGUUCGGCUCGGCGGCGCACUGGUGCUGGGCCGGCGCGCAGCUCGUGGCGCUGAGCGGCGCGGCGCACGGCGCGCUCACGCAGUACAGCGCCGCCGCGCGCGCGCUGCUGCUCGCGCUCGCCCAAGCCAUGUGCGUGCUCGACGGGUUCGACGGGCUGCAGCGCCGCCGCGCGCGCGCUGCUGCUCGCGCUCGCCCAAGCCAUGUGCGUGCUCGACGGGUUCGACGGGCUGCAGGUGAGUGGCACAGAGCUGGGCGCGCGCAGCUCGUGGCGCUGAGCGGCGCGGCGCACGGCGCGCUCACGCAGUACAGCGCCGCCGCGCGCGCGCUGCUGCUCGCGCUCGCCCAAGCCAUGUGCGUGCUCGACGGGUUCGACGGGCUGCAGAGCUGGGCGCGCGCAGCUCGUGGCGCUGAGCGGCGCGGCGCACGGCGCGCUCACGCAGUACAGCGCCGCCACGCGCGCGCUGCUGCUCGCGCUCGCCCAAGCCAUGUGCGUGCUCGACGGGUUCGACGGGCUGCAGGUGAGUGGCACAGAGCUGGGCGCGCGCAGCUCGUGGCGCUGAGCGGCGCGGCGCACGGCGCGCUCACGCAGUACAGCGCCGCCGCGCGCGCGCUGCUGCUCGCGCUCGCCCAAGCCAUGUGCGUGCUCGACGGGUUCGACGGGCUGCAGAGCUGGGCGCGCGCAGCUCGUGGCGCUGAGCGGCGCGGCGCACGGCGCGCUCACGCAGUACAGCGCCGCCGCGCGCGCGCUGCUGCUCGCGCUCGCCCAAGCCAUGUGCGUGCUCGACGGGUUCGACGGGCUGCAGGUGAGUGGCACAGAGCUGGGCGCGCGCAGCUCGUGGCGCUGAGCGGCGCGGCGCACGGCGCGCUCACGCAGUACAGCGCCGCCGCGCGCGCGCUGCUGCUCGCGCUCGCCCAAGCCAUGUGCGUGCUCGACGGGUUCGACGGGCUGCAGAGCUGGGCGCGCGCAGCUCGUGGCGCUGAGCGGCGCGGCGCACGGCGCGCUCACGCAGUACAGCGCCGCCGCGCGCGCGCUGCUGCUCGCGCUCGCCCAAGCCAUGUGCGUGCUCGACGGGUUCGACGGGCUGCAGGUGAGUGGCACAGAGCUGGGCGCGCGCAGCUCGUGGCGCUGAGCGGCGCGGCGCACGGCGCGCUCACGCAGUACAGCGCCGCCGCGCGCGCGCUGCUGCUCGCGCUCGCCCAAGCCAUGUGCGUGCUCGACGGGUUCGACGGGCUGCAGAGCUGGGCGCGCGCAGCUCGUGGCGCUGAGCGGCGCGGCGCACGGCGCGCUCACGCAGUACAGCGCCGCCGCGCGCGCGCUGCUGCUCGCGCUCGCCCAAGCCAUGUGCGUGCUCGACGGGUUCGACGGGCUGCAGGUGAGUGGCACAGAGCUGGGCGCGCGCAGCUCGUGGCGCUGAGCGGCGCGGCGCACGGCGCGCUCACGCAGUACAGCGCCGCCGCGCGCGCGCUGCUGCUCGCGCUCGCCCAAGCCAUGUGCGUGCUCGACGGGUUCGACGGGCUGCAGAGCUGGGCGCGCGCAGCUCGUGGCGCUGAGCGGCGCGGCGCACGGCGCGCUCACGCAGUACAGCGCCGCCGCGCGCGCGCUGCUGCUCGCGCUCGCCCAAGCCAUGUGCGUGCUCGACGGGUUCGACGGGCUGCAGGUGAGUGGCACAGAGCUGGGCGCGCGCAGCUCGUGGCGCUGAGCGGCGCGGCGCACGGCGCGCUCACGCAGUACAGCGCCGCCACGCGCGCGCUGCUGCUCGCGCUCGCCCAAGCCAUGUGCGUGCUCGACGGGUUCGACGGGCUGCAGAGCUGGGCGCGCGCAGCUCGUGGCGCUGAGCGGCGCGGCGCACGGCGCGCUCACGCAGUACAGCGCCGCCGCGCGCGCGCUGCUGCUCGCGCUCGCCCAAGCCAUGUGCGUGCUCGACGGGUUCGACGGGCUGCAGGUGAGUGGCACAGAGCUGGGCGCGCGCAGCUCGUGGCGCUGAGCGGCGCGGCGCACGGCGCGCUCACGCAGUACAGCGCCGCCGCGCGCGCGCUGCUGCUCGCGCUCGCCCAAGCCAUGUGCGUGCUCGACGGGUUCGACGGGCUGCAGAGCUGGGCGCGCGCAGCUCGUGGCGCUGAGCGGCGCGGCGCACGGCGCGCUCACGCAGUACAGCGCCGCCGCGCGCGCGCUGCUGCUCGCGCUCGCCCAAGCCAUGUGCGUGCUCGACGGGUUCGACGGGCUGCAGGUGAGUGGCACAGAGCUGGGCGCGCGCAGCUCGUGGCGCUGAGCGGCGCGGCGCACGGCGCGCUCACGCAGUACAGCGCCGCCGCGCGCGCGCUGCUGCUCGCGCUCGCCCAAGCCAUGUGCGUGCUCGACGGGUUCGACGGGCUGCAGGAGCUCUCAACAGUCCACCAAAAGCUUCUCAAAUCUCUUUCAUCGAGUUACGCCCCGCUUCGCCAGGCGGCGCUGCAGGGCUGUUUACUGCAACUGACCGGCAGAGCGCGCCACAUGGCCAGCACACACACCCCUAACCCCUACCAAGAACUCGUGGCGCAGCUCAAUGUAACCGUCAAGCAGUACUUGGGAGUUAAUCCAAAAAUCUCAUUCUACGAACAAAGUUUAUACUGGACGGUGUUAUUUACAUUAAUUGAGCUGGGACACCCUGAACUAAUCAACAUCGCUGUAGACUUCGUCCUCACCUACCCCAGACAUUAUUGCGUCGAUCUCGUUGUAAAGGGUAUAACAUCCACGAUACGACAGCAAGUGUUACCCAAAGACUUAAAGAAUAUUAUAAUAGAAAAGCUUAUAGACAACAUGAAGAAUUAUUCUGAACAUCAUGCUGUACAAAUAUUGUUGGUGCACUUGUUCACAGCUGACAAUAAACUUUUAAGCCCGAAACUGACAUCAGAUGUCUCGAACAUGGACCCAGACAUUCUUAUGAACUCAAUGGAACGUAUCACCUUACUUUACAAAGUUCUCCGGCAUUCAAAAUUACGAGAAACCAAAAGAAUUAUUGCAAUUACAAUGAAAUAUUUCUUGAGAGAGACGCUACCACCGGCGGCGACUCUUAGCAGAGUAGUCAUAGAGUUUAUAGAGUGUUGUAAAGAGACGGAGAAGAUAAAGAUGGAUAUACCAUCAGAGAGAGAGAGGUGGAUAGAUUGUUCGGUUAUGAAUUCUGAGAUUGUUUUUGAGGUCUUUCAAGCGUCGAUAACUCAAGAUCAACUGCCAGUACUCUCCGGUUGGAUAUUCGAAGCACUAUGCCAUUUACUCAGCGGUAAAAUAUCAUCAAAUCUUCUCCCAUACUGUCUACUAACACUCCUAGUCUCGGCGAGUUCUAACGAGUUCAUACGAAAAAUAUCGCCUCUGACAUUUCAUGUACUGAGACUUGGGUUCUACAAGAGUGGGGACACGUCCAGGAAUUGGGGAGUUUUUGAACAAUUUCUUAGUAAUAAGGUACCAAUGUCGUUUUCUGAUAGACGGUUGUUGUGUGUUGUAAGUUCUAAGUCGUGUUUUACGGGAUCUCAAUUGGAACGGUUGAAGGAGCUAUGCGAUAGUAAUGAGUGUUUAGUUGAUGUUGCACAGUGUUUAGACUAG